AUGGCCCCCCUGCGAACCAUGGACUUCCUACAUUGUCAUGGACUUCCCGUCAGCCAUGGACAACCUCAGCCGCCACCACCUCAGGUCAACCAAGGUGUUGCUCCGCAAGCACAGAUGACUGCCCCCGGGAACCUUACUGUCGACUCCAGCUUGGAAGACGAUGCGGUGGAGGAUGAGGAGGAGCAUGUGUCAAAACGACAGAGGCUGGAAGACAUUCAAGAACCGACACUAGAGGACGAAGCUGUGUUACACGUUCUUUCUGGCCAUAACAAUUCGGAAACGCCAGACGAAUAUACCGGCGAAUACGAGUACGGCGAUGCUUAG